AUGUUCGACAAAUUCAAAAACAUCGUCAACCUGAACAACAGCGGCGCGGAAAAGGAUGAAGCGAAGAAGGCAGAGGCGAACGAAAACCCAGAGGCGAGCGCGCCAGUACAGGGGGAUCCCUCUCUAGAAGGAGCAGAGGAAAAAACGUUCUUCGAUGAAAUGCUAGGAGCGCCACAGUACACAUAUGAGCAAUUCCUCAAGGUGUUAAAAAGUCCGCAAGAGGAAAGAGGAGAUACGGAUGACUUGAAAAAGCAUUGGGGGUACCCCAGGAGGUGGAAAGUCAUUCUGUGGGAUUUGCAUAUCCAGAAUUAUAUGAGCAGCGAUUUUAAUGCGUUUGUCGAUUUCGACUUUGGAGGCAACCGAGAGGAGUGUCGCAUACAGGUGAAGAGGCUCCAGCAUGAAAAUCUACGCAAAGGGGAAGACGAAAAACUGCCUGCGGACCCAUGUGGUGUCCAACGUUGCAGCGGAGCAAAAAAAAAACAUGAAUUUUAGGAGCGUAUUUGAGUAUAGAGGAUCGUAUCUAGACCUCGAAAAUGAAAAGCUAAGAAUAAAGGUGUGGGAGUAUAAACAACUCACAUUAAAUAAGCUGGAAGGAAUAUACGAAGAGCCCCUUCUCUCAUUUGCAGUAGGACAGGUUUACAACGAAACGACUUUGUACAAAUAUAUGAAAGACACCCGAGUGAAGCGCUGCCGUCUCUUCUUCCAACUAUACUUCCAGGAGCUAUACGAUUUUGAGUUAUCAUUUCUGAAUUGGUCAUUUAGCGAUUUGCUAUCCUACACGUACAUACAAGCUAAGAGCUUAAAGUACGUAGAGGACGAUCCGGAUAAAUUGGGGAGACGGUUUAACAAUAAUGGACGCUGUCAUUUUUUCCCUAAAGGAGGAAUCUGUGUAAAAGUUAAAAAAUUAAAUAAAAAAAAAAAAAAAAAAACGAAAAUGAAAACCCAGAAUAUGGGAUCGGCAUGAACUCAGAAAGAAACAAUAAAAAUAGUCAACAGAAUAAAACGGGUGCCAAAUAUAAGGAUGAUCGGCUAGCAAGAAAUUUAGAAAAAUUAUUUUUCCGGAAUGUCAGUUUGAUGCAGAAUGUCGAAGAGAACGAACAAGUCUCCUACAAAAAUGUGGAUAAUGUGGAGUUGCCAAAUCCCAGAGUUACUAUCACCUUGACGCACACGCCCAAGGGGCAUGAAGGACUGACUUUGGUCUCCAUGGAGCAGAAGGACAUGUGCUUCCCCAUCUGGGAGAACCUCGGAGAGAUCUAUUUCCGGGGCACGCUUCGGGACAUCGACAUGUCCUACUUGAACAUUAAAGUCGAGGACAUGUCCGCGCCCAAGAGCAGCCGAGAAAUCGGGACGUGUCAAAUCCCGCUCAAAGGAGUUGUGGACUACCCGUACGUCGCGCACCAGCUGGAGGUACCUCCCUGGUUGAUCGAAGAAGCUCAGUACGAAGGCUGGGAGAACAAACUAGAGGAAUGGAAAUUCGGUACAGUGGAUGGAAAAGUUAUCAUAGCAAGGGUACCUCGAUACAGACAAAUAGGAGAUAUUUAUCACCUGGAUUGUCGCUAUGCCUACCUAAUCGUUCAUAUAUUUAACAUCGACCAGAUAGUGACAGUAGAAAAUGUAAAAGAAUUGGAUACCUACGUGGAAGUCUCCUUCGAUGAAACCAGUAGGAGAACACGAUUCGUAAAGAAAACCUUGUCACCUAACUAUGACAGCCAAAUAGCUAUCCCACUACGAUUCAAUCACAAAAAUCAGGUGACGUAUCAAAAUUUUAGCAAAAAGGGACGUAUCUAUAUUGACGUUUGGGGGAAAGCAGACGAUAUUGUAUACGUGGGAGGGGUAUCCAUAACCCCGUAUGAAAUAUUUUUCAACGAAAAAAAUGUUAGAAGAAAAAAGACCAAACUGGAGCACAUCGAUUUGGAGACUAAUGUCAAGACGCCAUACGACACAGUCGUCUACAGAGGAUGCAAAAAAUUACUCUUUCUCCAUGACGACCAAAGAAUCUCAAACAUACAUUUUAGCGUAUGGACAUACCCAGAUAUGUUAGCUAACGAGGAGCAUGACCAUCUACAUGAACAUCAGCGUGGCCAGCAACAGGAACAGCAACAGCAGCGUGACCAUCAGCGUGACCAUCAGCGUGAUCAUCAGCGUGACCACAACCCUGUGGUAGCCCCACCCGUGUUUAACACGACCAAAAAUUUCCCUAUCCGGUUGGCGCAAAAGUACGAUAAACUGAAAGCACUAUAUUUUCAGGUACUUAAAACGAUUAAGGGGAUUCCAGAAGGAUGUACAGACAUAUAUAAGACGAAGCGUUUUUUUAAUUACGAGUUGUUAAACCAAAGAAAGGAGAGUAAUUUUUUGCCAACGCUAAUUACAAGUGUGAAAUCUCCCUACGGUGCAGAGUCCACAAAUGCUAUCUUCCACUACGUUAGAUGUAUACCUUUUAUUCAUAAAAAGGAUAAUAUCGCAUUUACACCAGAUUUUACAUUGCAGCUAAAAGGGGGGAAUGCCCUAGACCAUAGUCUACUACUGUGUAGUUUGUUCUUAGGAAUACCGGUCAUAUCAUUUGUCUGUUUUGGAACCCUGUGGGAUAAUCAGAAACAUGCAUGGGUAUGUACCUUCGAAUAUAAUGAGGAGAAAAAUUAUGGAAUGAUAAAAUUUUGGGAAACAACCACAGGAAAUAUAUACACAUUGAAAAAAAGAUUUAGUGAUAUGAAUAAAUUAAAAAGUUUGGAAAUUAAAUUAAAUGAAACAAAAUAUAAGUCUCAUUUACGACAUGGCUUUUUGCAGAAAAAUGGAAUAAGUACAAAUGAUGCUAGCAAAAUAAAGGAAGAAACAAAGAGACAAAUUAAGGAACUCUUUAACAAUAGAGUAACUGAUAUUCCACUCGGGGGACCAUCUAUUCCAUACAAAACAAUUGAUCUCAUUUUUAACAAUAAAAAUAUUUUCCUCAAUCUUCAGGAUCCGAAUCCUUUAAAUAUUUGGUAUGAUUACUGGAAGGUAGACUUAUGGUUUCCCUUCUCCUCCAUUGAUUACAACAUCCAACCCUGCUUCACCAUAAAGAAUUAUUCUCAUAAAAUUGAAGAUAUGGAAUUGGAUAGACUAGCUAAAGAACUUAGGGGCAACAUUGAAAAAAAUAUAAAUAUUUAUAGAGCUUCUCGGAACUUGUCUACUAGAUGGAACCGAGAUGAGACUUUAGAACUAUUUUUGCAAGUCGGGUUAGAGUUACUGCACCAGUUGAACACGUCGAGAAAAGAAGACGAACUGCUAGCCAAACUAAAAAUUGAAGACUGGAAAAAAGCACUCUACUAUAAAGUCCCACAGAGUCAUAGACUACUCGGAUUCCCCUACCAUUUUAACACGUGUAAAUCAAAGUUCAUUUCGGAUAAACUCAUUAGCACGUUAGCUAUUUUAGAAUCCAGAGAUAGGUCCCUGUGUCUUUCGCUUGCUGUCUGCUUGUAUAGCCUCCCCGGAGAUUUUAUUUCCGCCUACAUCUACAUCAUCACCUGCGUGAAGAUAACGCAGAGGGAGCUGCGCAAGAUGGAGAUCGUCAAGGAGAAGGGGCAUUUCCCACAUAAGGGGCAUUUCCCACAUAAGGGCAUUUCCCACAUGUGCACAAAGAAAAGCAGAAAUGAAGAGCGCCAGAAAAAAGCAGAAGGGAUCCCCCGAAGAUGCAGAUGCGCCAACGGUCGAAGUCAUAGAUGUGGAUGUCCUAGCAGAAAACAACCUAGAGGAGACACUAAAGGAGGACGCCUAUGAGGAGAUGGACGUAAAAUUUGACUCCCAAAACAAGGAUGAGGCGCCUUCGCAGGAGGACGUUCAGGAGGAUGACGUAAAUAUGGACCUCAUGGGGACCCACGCCAAUAACGAAACGGAGCAGAUAGAAUCCACACAGAACACAGGGAGAGGUUCGAAAAAGAAGAAGCUAAAGAGGUCGGUUGACUUGAUCAAUUUGUUGCUGGCGGUGAAAAAAGAAGGGAGUCGCAAAAGUGGACAAAGCAAAAAUGAGGAAGAGAACCCUCGUGAGGACGCCCCUAUGGGAGAGCCACAAGAAAGUGUAGUCCACGUGAAAGAAGGGGAUUCCACCCAAAAGGAGACCACCAAAAAUGAAAAUGAGCCUGGGGAAGGUGCGUAUCGGCCACCAGAAGAGGAAAGAAAAGAUGACCAGCUGACGGAAGAAGCACACGAGAAAGACAUCCCAGUGGACGGGAAAAAGGGUAGACACAAAGGAGUUGAAGAAAAAAAAGAAAAGAAGAAGGAAAGGGAAAAGGAGAGCAAAUCGGAGCGGAAAAAGGAUCGAGAAAAAGAAAGCAAAUCGGAGCAGGAAAAAAACCAACUAGAAUUCGAAAAGCUAAUAAAAUCGAACAACUACUUUGAGAAGGAAAAAAAAAAACUGCAAGAAGACAUAGAAAAGCUGGAGAGGGAAAAGGAGGAAUUCAAAAAACAGAAAAUGCUGAGGGAGCAAAAAGAGAAACAAAUGCUACUGGAGGAAAAAAUGAAGCUAGAAAAAGAAAAGGAACUAUUCGAGAAUGAGAAGUUAGAACGGAAGAUGUCGUACAUGCUGAAAAUUAAUGAGUGGGAGAAGAAGGAGAAGGAGCGGAAGAGGCAAGAGGAGGAAAGAAAAAAAGAGGAAGAAAGAAAAAAAAAGAGGAGGAGGAGUACAGAAAGAUGGCAGAAAAAAAGACGCACUCUCGGGAGGAGCAGAAAAAGAAGAAGAAGAAAAAAAAGGGAGGAGGAAGAAACCCGCAGGAAGAGGUUGGAAGGGAUGAGCAGUGCUGAAGGGGAGGAAGAGGCAGAUUGGGAAGAAAAAAAGGAGAAGACGCGGGAGAUGGAAAGAGAGCGGGAGUGGGCGAAGGAUAGAGAGAGGGAACGGGAGAAGGAGAAACAGCGGGAGCGGGAGAAGGAGAAAGAGCGGGAGCGGGAGAUGGAGAAAGAAAUGGAUAGGGAGAUAAGUAGAGAAAUUGGCAGAAAAACGGGGCACGACGGGGAGCCGCAGCCCGCCAUGCGGCAAAAGUACUCGGACACGAAUGAGCUUAGCGAGCUAAGCAACUUUGACGAGGAAUUGGAUCUGAACCAAAUGUAUUCGAAGACGUCAAAUUUAUAUGACUUAAAAGAGAAGAAAAAAAAAAAAAUAAGAGUACAUACGAAUAGGAAGGAAACUAGUGCCUCCACGUCCAACCUCUCGAAAGAUAUGGAUGAGGUGAAGAACGAAAUGGAUAAUAACCCCAACAUUGCCAGGUACCUAUACGGGAAAACCAGAAACAGAGAUGCCGGGAAGAAAAAUUAUAAUUACGAUGAGCCUCACUAUGGGAAAAGUAUGAACGAAAUGACAUACACAGAAAUGAAGAAGAGUGAUUUAUUUAAAGGGUUUGCUGACCCUUCACCUGGCAAGGCUAAGAAAAAAAUUGUGCUCGUGAAAAAGAAGGGAUAA